AUGCACUAUCCACCAACGUACCGCGCUGUACCGGCAUACCCUGCCUCCGAGCUGUACGACGUUGCGGCUCAGCGCGCGUACGAUGCCUACAUGCCUCGCGACGAUGUUCGUCCGCACAUGGACGAGUCGCUCGUCAAGAAGCGCACUCGCCAGCGCGUGUAUCCGAGCGAAGAAGCCAAGCAGGCAGCCAAGAUGCUCCAGAAGGCCCGUCGGCGCGAACAGAACCGAAACGCCCAACGAAGACUACGUGACCGCAAGGAAGAACACAUCUUCAAGCUGGAAGCGGAAGUGGCUCAGUUGAGGAGGCAGGGCGAGCAGCAACGUGCCGAGAUGCAGGGUUUGGAAGAGAUGAUCCGUCGACUCAUGGAGCAGCGUUCUGAACUGCGACACCGACUCGAAGCACUAGGAGGUGCGCCGUUGGGUGACGACUUGACGUUCGGAGGCGAAAAGUCGAUGAGACUCGCUCCACUCCUGUCGCUACCACCGUUGGGUGCGGCCGGGCAGGCUUCACCAUCGGGCAGAGCGUCGCGCAGGGAGACGCUGGCUGACAACGCGCUCGGGCUUGAAUACGAGAUGCCAAGUCAGUCGACAUCCUGGAGCGCCUCGCCGAAUUUAGGCGAUCGGGAAAGACCUGCUGUGUCACCGGUCCAGUCAAGCGCGUCGUCGGCUUCCGUAUCGACGCCCCGCUCGCCAUCCUCGCUGGAACCUCGGUCGCGCACGACGAGCUUCCAUGCAACUGGACUGCGCAAGUCGCAACCCAACUUCGACUUGCCGUUGCCGAGACUCAAGAUGGAUGCGACAAACCCCAUUCUCCCACCAUCGCUUAUGCCGUUGCCGCCAGUCACGGCGCCCUGGCCACACCAGUGA